CAUAAUCCUUACAGUGCGCAGCUGCCGAACUGGGAAACAGGUGCAAAUGACCGAAGCGGAAGUGCGUGGCUUGUGCCUCAAGUCGCGUGAGAUAUUCUUGCAACAGCCGAUUCUAUUGGAGUUGGAAGCGCCCCUGAUCAUCUGUGGCGACAUCCACGGCCAGUACACAGACCUGUUGCGACUCUUCGAGUAUGGCGGAUUCCCGCCAGCCGCCAAUUAUCUAUUCCUCGGCGAUUAUGUUGAUCGCGGCAAACAGUCUUUGGAGACGAUCUGCCUUCUGUUGGCCUACAAGAUCAAAUAUCCGGAGAACUUUUUCUUGUUGCGCGGCAACCAUGAGUGCGCCAGUAUUAAUAGGAUUUAUGGCUUCUAUGACGAGUGCAAACGUCGCUAUAAUGUUAAAUUGUGGAAAACCUUCACAGACUGUUUCAACUGUCUGCCAGUGGCGGCGAUCAUUGACGAGAAGAUCUUCUGCUGCCAUGGCGGCCUGAGUCCCGAUCUGCAGGGCAUGGAGCAGAUCAGAAGGCUGAUGCGUCCCACAGAUGUCCCAGACACUGGGCUGCUAUGCGAUCUCCUUUGGAGCGAUCCGGACAAGGAUGUCCAGGGCUGGGGCGAGAAUGAUCGUGGAGUGAGCUUUACCUUCGGUGUGGAUGUGGUUUCCAAAUUUUUGAACCGACAUGAGCUCGAUCUAAUCUGUCGUGCGCAUCAGGUUGUGGAGGAUGGUUAUGAGUUCUUUGCCCGUCGCCAGUUGGUGACAUUGUUCUCGGCUCCCAAUUACUGCGGAGAAUUCGAUAAUGCCGGCGGCAUGAUGACCGUGGACGACACGCUCAUGUGCUCAUUCCAGAUCCUGAAACCAUCCGAGAAGAAGGCCAAGUAUCUGUACAGUGGCAUGAACUCAUCGAGGCCCACAACACCGCAGCGUAGCGCCCCAAUGUUGGCGACCAACAAGAAGAAAUAAUAUAUCCAUCCGCUUCCAUUUCCUUAAAGGUUCAACAACAACAAAUCAACAAAAAAU